AUGGCCUCUGCCAGCAGGUUCUCUGAAGAGGAGUUCCAGGAGGCCUGUGCAGAACUACAGCAUCUCCGGGUAUCAGGCUGGGAGAUGCCAGUGGUCACGUCAGUUGUCAGGGUCUACCAGCGGCCACUGAACAAGCCGACUGGACUUUAUGAGUAUAAGGUCUCUGGUAUUGUGAGAUCUCCACCAGACCUACUUGCAGAUGUUUAUAUGGACUUAGACUAUAGAAAACAGUGGGACCAGUAUGUUCAAGAACUCCAUGAAAUAAAAGUCGAUGGAGAAGAGGCGGUCUAUUGGCAAAUGAAGUACCCUUUUCCCAUGUCCAACAGAGAUUGUGUCUAUGUGAGGCAGCGGCGACAGCUGGACUUUGAAGGGCGGAAGGUCCAUGUGAUCCUGGCCCAGAGCAUCUCUGUACCCUGGUUUUCAGAGAAGUCGGGCAUGAUCCGGGUGAAGCAGUACAAGCAGAGCCUGGAAAUCCAGAGCUAUGACUCUUGGAGGAGCGAAGUUUUCAUGUAUUACUUCAGUAACCCAGGUGGCCAAAUUCCGUUCUGGAUCCUUAACAAUUUCACCAAGAAUGGAAUUCCUGGCUUCCUUGCUAACCUGGAGGAUGCCUGCCUGAGGUGCCAGAGGAGAACCUGA